AUGACGACUACCGCAGAGGCUCCCUCAAUCGAGUACGAGAUGUCCAUCAAAACAGCGCGUCUUGAACAAGAAUACGAAAAGGCCCUGGCUGAUUCCGCACGCCUCCUAGAUACCGAGAGGGAUCGCGCAAGGCGCAUGGAGAAUCUGCUUCUCAGAUUCGAGUGCGAUGCUCUACAAUCGCAACUCGAUCAUACCCGCGAGAAUUUGCUUGGAACUAGGGAGACGGAACGGGAAACUCGCCAACAGCUGGACGGGGCGUUUCAGGAAAUCGAUCGCCUGGAUACUCAUGCCCAAUUAUCUUCGAACGAGAUUGCGAAGCUGAAGGACGAACUCUCGACUUUGAACAACACAUCCACCGACUACAGUAGUCUUCUUACGGAGAAGUUCCAGCUGUCCAAGGAGCUUUCCAAACUCCAGAUUGAACUUGACCGGCAUCGGAACCAAGUCUCAUCGUUUCAGACGAUGGUGGCUGAAAAACUGGAGCUUGAAAGGCAGCUGAAUUCUCUUGAAGUUCAGCUAGAAAAUGAGAAGAACGCCCACGAGCGUACACGAGCAAAAAAUUCUCUGCAGGCUGCAGAGAUAGUUCAACUCUCGGGCCGGAUAGAGGACUUGCAAGGGGAACUCACUCGAGAACAGCGAGCGAAGCAGCAGCAAGAACGCGACAGCCGACAGCAAAGUGCAGAGUGGGACUGUCAGAGAUCAAUCCUCGAGGGAAGAAUCGAAACAUUGAAGAAACAACUGCGAACGUCCAAAGACACACUACACGAAACCCAGCAUCAGAGGCGUAGCAAUGUGAAAUCCGAGGAUGAGGUUACCGAGUCGCGGUCACGGACGGUGCCUCUCCAGCGUCCUGGUCCUGGAGCAGACUAUCAAAAUGGCGUGACCAUUGCCACGCCUGGGGCUGUUCGGGUGCAGGAUAAAAUUAAAAGGCAGUCGGCCCUACCUGGAGAUAAAUCAGCCUUUUCCAUUACUCCAUUCCUCAAUCGUACGGGGGCCCCGAGGCACUCCCCGACGAGCUCAGAAGCGGACGAACAGGAAUCGCGGCGAGCGAUAAAUGACCACAGCACGGCAGCCGAAAGGGGCAAAAGAAUGGAGGACAUUAUGGACGAGCGCUCAUCGCCCGAGGACCCAUCGUGCUCUACCUCUGCGCAGGCUUUUCUCCCAAGAGUUGUGAAAGGCAAACCAAAGGCACGAGAGAGCAAGUCGGCUAGUCGCCCGGCGAAGAAGAUACCUUUGGAAGAGAUGGACGAGCCUCAAGAGCCUCCAGUGGAGCAAGGUCAAGCCAAACUGAAGAAGCGAAAGCUUGGCACGCAGAGGGAGCGAAAACUGUUCGAAGAUGACGAGGAAGAUGGAAGUCUCGAGAUUAAAAAUCCCGGCCGCAAACUUGGCCUUGGUCUCGGGGGCGGGAGAAGUUCAGUGCUUGCGUCCUCGCAGGUGCCUGGGACCUCCGGCGAUCGAUUGCCUCGCAAUCUUGGGUUCGGUGCGCCGGUGGGAUUCUCACCACUCAAGAGGGAUCGCAAGCGGCUAUAG